AUUGUUUAUAUAAUAAUGAUUGACGUAUCCUUCCUUCCAUUCACGUCGUUUGACUCUGCAGGCACUGGAUGGCGAAAUAAUCAUAAUUAAUAUACAACAACAAAAAUCUCCUAUUCUUGCCUCUUCUUUUACAACGCUUAAUACAUAGAAGUUUGACGAAAGUCAAUAUCAGAUCAUCGAACCAACUAAGAGAUUGGACGACACCAAUAGAAGUUUACAAAAGUAUCCGAGGACUUGGUUGGAUACAUAGUACACGUACGACAGCGCCAAAAUGGCAGGUGCUACUUCAACCGAGACGAACGCUGUUGAUCGAACAGUUAAAGCACAAGAAAUACCUACACAAUCCCCUACACAUCAACCCUCACCAGAUUCCCGCGCAUCGACCGUCGCAACUCCAGAAGACAGCGAAAAGGAAGUCAUUGACUCCGAAAAUCAUACCUCAAAUCAAAAUAGCGUCGAUGUUACCACAACUCCCAAUGCUGCGGCUCCUCCUGGGCCCUCGCCCCAAGACCCAGAAGCUUCGCGCACGAAAUUGCAGACGACUAUUAUCAUGUUGUCACUUUGCGCAUCAGUUUUUCUCGCCGCUCUCGAUGUCUCGAUUAUUACCACGGCUCUCCCUACUAUUUCCGAACAUUUCCAUUCAAAUGCUGGAUAUACGUGGAUAGGUUCCGCCUAUCUAUUGGCGAAUGCGGCUUCUACACCUUCCUGGGGUAAAUUUUCAGAUAUAUGGGGACGGAAACCAAUUUUAUUAAUAGCGGCUGGAGUAUUCUUCAUUGGGAGUUUAUUGGCAGCAACGAGUGUUAGUAUUGGGAUGUUGAUUGUGGCGCGAGCAAUCCAGGGAAUUGGCGGUGGAGGAUUGAUUAUUUUGGUCAAUAUCUGCAUUAGCGAUUUGUUCAGCAUGAGGAAGAGGGGUGCAUACUUUGGAUUGAUUGGAAUGACUUGGGCUUUUGCUAGUGCGAUUGGGCCUCUUUUGGGAGGUGUAUUUACCGAGAAAGUCAGUUGGAGAUGGUGUUUUUAUAUCAAUUUACCGAUUACGGGAACAGUCGCGAUCGCACUUUUCUUUUACCUUCAUCUCGACAAUCCAAAAACACCCGUAUGGGAUGGACUAAAAGCCGUAGAUUGGUUCGGAAGUUUACUGAUUGUCGGUGGUACACUUAUGGUUCUCCUUGGCCUAGAAUUUGGAGGUGUCACAAAACCAUGGGACUCAGCUACGGUCAUCUGUCUGAUCGUCUUCGGAAUCGUUGUUGCCGGUCUUUUCGUGCUCAAUGAAUGGAAAUUCGCUCGAUAUCCAGUCAUGCCUCUUAGACUCUUCAAACAUGCAUCUAACGUUGCGGCUUUGGGCGUCUGUUUCUGCCAUGGAUUCGUCUUCAUCUCGGCUUCUUACUACCUCCCGCUCUAUUUUCAAGCUGUUCUUGGUGCAACCCCUCUACUUUCUGGUGUCUAUUUACUACCAUUCGCUCUCUCUUUGUCUUUGACAUCCGCGAUAACUGGUAUAUUCAUUAAGAAAACAGGUAAAUACCUCCCACCCAUUUAUUUCGGUCUCGCGGUUAUGACACUCGGAUUCGGUCUAUUCAUCAAUCUUCCUCGCAAGGCUACUUGGUCUAAAAUCAUCAUUUACCAAAUCGUCGCCGGUAUUGGUGUGGGACCUAACUUCCAAUCUCCACUCAUCGCUCUACAAACCCUGGUCAAGAAAGCAGACAUCGCCACCGCAACCGCCACAUUUGGAUUUACUAGAAAUCUAAGCACGAGUAUCAGUGUGGUAGUUGGAAGCGUAGUGUUCCAAAAUGAAAUGCAGAAAAAGAGUGCGGAGUUGAUUAAAGCUCUGGGAAGUGCCGUGGCAUCGGAAUUGAGCGGUGGAAGUGCGGGUGCCAGUGUGGACAUUGUUAAGGAUUUACCUGCUGCUGGAAGAGAAGUUGCGAGGGAUGCUUAUUGGGGAAGUUUGAGGAUUAUGUGGAUCAUAUACGUAGCAUUCGCAGCGCUGGGUUUGGCAAUUAGUUUUGCCAUCGGUCAACACGUGCUCAGUAAAGAACACGAGACCACGAAGGUGGGAUUGGCAGAACAGGAGAAAUUAAGACUCGAAGCUAAGCAGGCGAAGAAAACGAGAGAUGUAGAGGCUGGAGUGGCGGUUGUACAGGCAAAUGUAGAGGGAGAGAAAUCUCUUGCUUGAGAAAGACUACAGGACAGAGAUUCCUUUUUAUGAGAAAAGUCGUUUAUUGCAUGGCGUGCGUGGAUCUUGGUUUGCAUUCUAGAGUCGGAAUUUGCAUGUUAGACCAAGGGUUCGGAUGAUACCCAGACGAUGUUGAUUACGGAAGUAUGCGCUUUGGGACUGGUUGGAUAAUUGGGUGUUUAUGAUUGAUGGAAACGCAUUACAUACAUAUACCGUUAGAAUUUUGUACAUAAUUUAUACAUAGUCUCAAAUAUAGAGUCUUUCUCUUCGA